AUGGCCACACGCCUCAGAUCGGCUGGGAAGAAAUGUACGGUGAUCGGCGGGUCAGGAUUCUUAGGCCAGCACAUGGUGGAGCAGCUCCUGGAGAAGGGUUACGCAGUCAACGUCUUUGAUAUUCAGAAGAGAUUUGACAAUGACAGAGUGCAGUUCUUCCUGGGAGACCUCUGCGACAAAGAGGCCUUGCUCCCAGCUUUACAAGGCGUGUCCGUGGCGUUUCAUUGUGCAUCACCAGCACCUUCAAGUGACAACAGGGAGCUGUUUUAUAAGGUGAAUUUUAUGGGAACCAAAGCAGUCAUUGAAGCCUGCAAAGAAGCUGGAGUGCAGAAACUGGUGUUAACUAGCAGUGCCAGUGUAGUUUUUGAGGGCACAGACAUAAAAAAUGGAUCAGAAGACCUCCCUUAUGCAAAAAACCCUAUCGACUAUUACACAGAGACGAAGAUUUUGCAGGAGAAGGAAGUGCUCAGUGCGAAUGACCCAGGCAACAAUUUCUUCACUACUGCUAUUCGUCCCCAUGGAAUAUUUGGUCCUAGAGAUCCGCAGCUGGUUCCCAUCCUCAUCCAAGCAGCUAAGAGUGGCAAAAUGAAAUUCAUCAUUGGGGAUGGAAAGAAUUUGGUAGAUUUCACCUAUGUGGAAAACGUGGUCCAUGGACACAUCCUAGCUGCAGAGAAUCUUCAGAAAGACUCUCCCCUGUGUGGGAAGGCAUUUCAUAUCACAAAUGAUGAACCAGUUCCUUUCUGGGCUUUCAUGUCCCGUAUCUUGACUGGCUUGAACUACGAUCCACCCAAGUACCGAAUUCCCUAUUGGCUGGCGUAUUACCUGGCCCUGUUCCUGUCUCUAGUGCUGUGGCUGCUGAGUCCACUGGUCACCAUCAAGCCCACUUUUACCCCUAUGCGGGUAGCCCUAGCUGGAACGUUUCACUACUAUAGCUGUGAACGGGCCAAAAGAGACAUGGGCUACAAACCAGUGGUGAGCUUGGAUGAAGCCAUCAACAGGACUCUGCAGAGCUACCCCCAUCUACGCCGGGCUAAGGCCUGA